CCUUGUACAUUUCCUGUACAUUGAACCAUCACUCAGACUGCACUUCACAAUUAGAAAUAAAAACAAAAGAAAGAAAGAAAGAGAUGGGUCGCCAAUUUGUUAUCCUUGCGAUCUGCAUAGUCCUCAUCGCCGGCGUCGGAGGUCAAGCUCCGUCUUCACCACCAACAGCUACACCAGCACCACCGACUCCAACCACUCCACCACCAGCUGCGACUCCUCCUCCUGUCUCAGCUCCUCCACCAGCCACCACUUCACCUCCUCCAGCCACCACCGCUCCUCCCCCCGUCGCUACUCCUCCUCCCGUCGCUUCUCCACCUCCAGCAACUCCUCCUCCCGUCGCUACUCCUCCCCCCGUCGUUUCCCCUCCUCCAGCAACUCCUCCUCCCGUGGCUACUCCUCCUCCAGCUCCUCUUGCAUCUCCUCCCGCUCAGGUUCCGGCUCUUGCUCCGACAACGAAGCCAGACGCUCCUUCUUCAUCACCGUUGUCUAGCCCGCCGCUUCCGGCAACUGAUGCUCCGGGACCGAGCAUCGAUUCGCUCUCUCCAGGACCUUCCACCGAUUCAAAUGACCAGAAUGGUGCAACCAAGACGGUUUCCAGCCUGAUACUUGGAUCUGUUCUCGUUUGGUUUAUGAUCUAAGGGGGAGGCUUUUCCACGGUGUUCUUUGCAAUUAUUUUUAUGUCGAUGUUUGUUAACGUUCAUUGUUAUUACUUUGGGGACUGAAUUCUUUGGGAUUGUUAUCAUUUAUCGAGUGCUGAGAUGGAGAUAUCAGUAUUUUUUAGAUAUUUUGUGGCUACUUAUCCUUUUAUUUGAUUAUUAGUGUACUAUAAAUUGAUUUC